AUGAGACAUGCGAACUCACGCCAGCCAGGAGCACGGUCGGAUAGCGACUCGAGUGGCGAAAAACAAGGCAACCAUCUAACCGCGGAAUCUCACUCGGUCAGCGCUCAACCCCCCACGCAUAUAGACGCCCUAUCGCAAUCGGAACCAGCGGAACUGGGCACCAAAAGCAAGCAUCCCUACCGGACAAGACCACGGAGGGACCAUAAGAGAGUGCCGAAAAGGGGCAAAGGGGCCGUUGAAGCAGCAGUCAGUAGGUCCCAAACACGAUCGACUACCGCUCGAAACAAACUCGCCCAUCAACACACAAAGGUUCCUGUCACAAAGACGGUGAAACCAUCUACUCCGGCUGCUAACGGUACCAAUUCCAAGGACCUAAGCACGAUCCGUCAGAGGAAGCAAGCCCUUCUCGAAGAGGAAGCAGCAAAAAAGCGCAAACUUAUCGACGAAUAUAUCGCCACUGGUGACCCAAAGGUCUUCAUCUCUUUUCUCGCACCCUUCGCCAGCGCCAACAGCACCGGACAACAUGACAAGCGUAGGAAACUAGGCGAGUGGCAGUGGGAUCGUGAAGUGGAGCGCCAUUGGAGAGAGGAUAAGACAUCAGGAGAACCUGGUGCAAGGAUUUGGGCUCCAGUCGAGGAGUCGUUUAUCUGA